CAAGUCGCUUCAAGCUCUUUGCACGGAAAUGGCUUAGAACGGCGUCGCCGGGAGAGUUACACGUGUUUGAGACGCCCUCGUCAAGCGUUUGGGUCAACUCAGGCUGCGGCUUCCCCUCACACUUAGGGCCACACAAACCCGGCCUCGGGAAUGCCGAGGUCAAGGUGUGUACUGUGCUGAGAAGGAAAACCGGAGAGUUUCCCUCUCGAAAGUGUAUCACGAAGGGUAAGUUUGUGAAGUAUUCGGUAGUAGUGACGUGAGCAUAAGAAGUAUCAUCAGGACCUUGGUAUCGGAUGUCGGUUCUUGUUAGUAAGACUCUGUUUUACGAUGAGAUAUAAAGAAUUGAGGGAUGCAGGGCAAUAGCAUAGCCGAGCACGUGAGAUAUCUUCAUUUUCAGAAGUCUUCAGUUAGUUCCCAGAUACGAAACUUGCCACAACUCUUCAAUUACGUCUAUCUCACUGGUGCAUCUGGAAAGACUUUCCAAAAGCUUUAAAGGGAAGCAGGAGGAACUUCAAGGUCACGUGCUUGGAGUAGCAGACCUAAGUACUCGAGUAAGCCGAGGUCCAAGGCUGGUUGGUUGGUCCAAAACUUCUUCUUGGCCCUCGUUGAAGUUGAGAGACUUGAAAGGGCUUCACUGGGUAUGGAAAGUCAGACCUGAGAAUCUCGAAUCCGAAAGGUAUCUCGUUGCAAGCUUCUUUCCUUCCAUGUUCAUUCAUUGAGAGGUGAUGUGCGGUGUUUGAAAUGUGGGGCAUGUAAGAUACCCGACAAGCAUACAAAAAACAGAAACUGCACAAGAAGACUGCGAAGCUGGCAAUAUCACACGAUGGCUUCCCAGACAGCUGAAGAGGCAAUGAAAGCGGUAAGGGGAAUAUUUGAGCAGUGCGUCCUCUCUUCAGAAACAAAUCUCACCAUUGUCUUUCAGAGAACUGACCACUCAAAGGUACCACAACAUCCGCAAAGCCCGGUGCUAUCAGGGUUACGACGUCGAUCUCAUGAAAAAUCUAAAGCUCGUCGCAGCUACUCCAAAAGGCACUACGACGUACGAACUUCUUAUCGAUGAACGGUAUUCGAAUCUCAAUGGCGUUAUGCAUGGGGGUGCAGCUGGCGUGAUUUUCGACAUGUGUACCACGACUGCACUGGGUCCAUUAUCUAAAGAGGGCUAUUGGGAUUUUCUUGGGGGUGUUACUAGAACUUUGGGGCUAAGUUACUUGAAAGGGGUGGCGGUUGGUAUGUUCUCUCUCGUCCCCUUCAUUUCUAUUCGUGUUGAAGAGCAAAAAAUUGAAUUUCUAUGAGAUUAAAACUAAUGUUUUCUCUUCUUCAGGCACGACAGUAAGAAUUCAUAGUGAAGUGAUUCAAGCAGGCAGAACGAUGGCAUUGAUCAGGGGCUCAAUGGAAAGUUUAGAUGGGAAGACAGUUUAUUGUACUUGUGAUCAUCACAAGGUUCAUGUUCCUACACCGGAGGAGAAUAAGAAAUUUAGACCUGGAGGAGAGAAGGGAAAGCUUUGAGAGCAUGAUAAGAGAUGCAGCAGGACCGACCUGCUAUGCAUAAGUAUUCUAGCAGAUACAUUCUUAGGAAUGCAGGGUCUUUUUUACAUUCGUUGUAAAACUUUCUGUGGCUGGAUUAAAGAAACAUACUGUAAUAAACGGGCAUGGAGGCUUACCAUGGGUCGUAAAGGAGGCCAGUGCUGCGGUAACUAUUCAGGAGAGAAAAGUGGUUCAGAUUCUUCGUCACCGGUAUCUAACAGAGAAUCAGUAUCAGGGCUGUUUUCCGAUUGGUAUAAGAAACCUGGUCAUUGCUCUGUACACGCUAUCAGAAGUUAUUAUACUAAAAGUCUAGUAUAACUUGAUUAAUUACCCUA